GGCGGGAGGCGCCUCUGCAGCAGCCCAGCCGGCGGGGCGGGGAAGCUGACCCGCGGGCGCGCGCCGCACGUCUGAACGCGUCCGCCCGACGCGCGUCCGCCCGCCCGCCCGCGCUUGCAUGCCGGCCGGCGCCUUGGCGGAUCGAAGCCCGGAGGGAGGAGGACGAUGAACUGCGGCGAGCCCAAGGAGAUGGAAGCCGCGGCUACUCACUUCAGCUUUUGCCAGAACCUUCUAGAACACACCGUGUCAGCAGAGAACCUCAACUACCGCCUGCAGAAGACCUCGGGGGCCAGUCUGACCUGGCACGAUGGGCGGAGCCAGAAGUCGGCGGGAGGGAGGACCGUUAAACUCCUUCAGCAGCCCGGAACUGAGGGCUCCCAGGGGCGGAACUAUGACCACUAUGGCAUCUACCACACCAGCCCAACACUAGGCAGCCUUACGAAGCCGGUGGUGUUGUGGACGCAGCAGGAUGUGUGCAAAUGGCUCAAGAAGCAUUGCCCGCACAACUAUCUCAUCUACGUGGAGGCCUUUUCUCAUCAUGCCAUCACAGGACGAGCACUCUUACGGUUGAACGCGGAGAAGCUGCAGCGCAUGGGGAUUAUCCACGAGUCUCAGCGGCAGGAAGUCCUCCAGCAGGUGUUGCAGCUGCAGGUGCGAGAAGAGGUGCGCAACCUCCAACUCCUCAGUCAAGCAUCUUUCGGGAAUGUCUCCUAACCCAUCCAGCUGUCUGGCAGCAGACUGGCACAACACUGUGACCUGAAACAUCUCUGGGAUGAGAGUCUCUGUGGACCACAGAACAGGACUCCUCAACCGCAUGUGUGAGAAGAGAAACGGACCACUCCAGAUUGACUCCGGGGGAUGCAGAGGGCGACCGUUCUCUCCCCCCAUCGCCGCCUUUGAUUUUUCAUUCUCCCAUCUAGAUACCAGCCAUCCUCUGUGGCAGAGCGGACUUUAAAUGAAUGCCACCGGAAGCAAGAGUGCCCCCCUCCCCGGACUCAUGAGACUCAGCCGUGCAGGAUCCGCACACAGCAUGCAAGUGCUCUUUGGCCAGAACCAGGGGAAGGGGGAAGGGAACGCAGAUGUUCUUCCUCUUGGAGGACGUGGUUGAUUUCUUAGCCAGUAGAGUCUGCAAAGGUCUCCAUCUCUUUGUCGGUUUCAUGAUAUGGCCAGGGAAUAUGUGAGCGGCAUAGUCUCGGAGCAAUCCCUCAAGAAGCCUCCUGGCCAAAAUCCUGGCUUUGCUCCGUGAACAUAAGCAAGAAGACCUCAGCAUUCCCAAAUCUUCGAUUUGUGGAUAAUACUAACCUGCCUUGCAGAGUGAUGGUUUAGGAUCAGCAGCAUAACACGUUCCAAGCGUUUUGAGCAUUCCAGAGUUCCAUGUAAAUGCAAACUGUCGUUAUUUCAUGAGAGUCAAAAUAACCCUUUCUUAAGAGAAAAAACGUUACAGUGGGUUGGCAUUGCACAUGAGAGGCUGUGGCUUCUGGCUGCAUUGGCGCAUCGUUAGAAACCGUGCUGCUGUAGUUGUGCUAGGGCAGUUGAUUGCAAGAGGAUUGGCUUGUCCAGCGUAACCCAGCUGUGAAAGAUUGCUAUAGCGCAGCGAUAGCACAAUACCGAGAAACGUAGGUGCCCCUUAGGGUGGUCUGUGCAAAGUCCUCCGUGGGAGAAGCAAGAUUGAAUCUAGGGACCUUGCAGGCUCUCUUCUUUCUUAGUCUUUCUUUCUUUCUCUCACACCAGCUCUGAAAGAACCAGGAAUUUGAGCUCUGCAUUGUUCUCCGGACUGUCGCACAGAUAUUGUGAACUACAACCGGGCGGCUGAUCUUAACCCUUUCCAAAUCUCUGUGCUCCGUCUUAACACCCCCAUCUCACAUUUGGUCAUUAAGCAAGGCCUGUCUACAGUGAAAUGUACAUGUUUAGAAAGAAUCUGCCCCCCCCUCCCCAGUCGCACGUUGUCGUGAAUGUAGCCCCUUGUUUCUCGUGUGCCAAAAAAUCCGAAAAAAAAUUCUAGAUAUUUAUUUAGUUGCUUGAGAGGGCCUGCUACGAACAGAUGAAGCUGCCUUACGCUGAGUCAGAGCUUUGGCCCAUGGAGCUCACACCAAACGCUGGUCAGUUAUGGUAGGAGGGCCCGAUCCAACCUUCAGGGUUUUUCAUCCGGCCAGUUUCUUUGCAGUUUGUUGGGGGGCAUAGACCUACCAGACUGCAGGGUCAGCUUGCAGUGCAACACCCCAGAAAAAUGAAAAAUUGUCCUGA